UGAUUGGGUUGUUUGCAGCAAAAGAGGAAGUUGCAAUGGAGACCCUGAAACCUGCAAGCUAGCUUUAUUCUUGAGCCGCCCUAAGCACCGAGAAGGGGAAUGACAGGAACGGUCGCUGAUAGCAUUUUAUAAUUAUUGUUGUUGCGGAUUUAUAAACGUUUAGGUUUGUGUGUUUUUAAAGCCCGCUUUGACUUUAGAAAUCGAGACUGUCGUGUCCGGACACAGGAGCAUGUCUGCGGUUGACAGUUAGCGAACGAAAAUUAUUCCUUCAUCCUUCUAGAAAAGCUAACUGGCUAGCCAUCCGCUGCAGCGUUAGCAACUGGGUAAUUUAGCAUCAAAAUGCCUGACACAAAACGCUAAUUAAAGCUGCACACUUACGUGGUGUCGGCUAGAUGCUGACAAAACUAUAUUUCUGUAUUCAACCUAACGGUGGAAUUAGCGUUGAGCUGCAAUGCGGCUAGCCUCUGGGCUCGGCAUAGCUAAUUUAAUGUCAAGUCUUUAUGCCUGGUAGUCGAAAACCGCUUUAUUCGAGCAAGGUUGAAAUAUAUAUAUACAUUCAAGGUACAGUCAGCGAGGCCAGACUUUGCUAGCUAGUUUUAUGUAGAUAUCAGUUUAAGCAGUCGAGCUGAGCAUGAUGAGCUCCCUUUGCGGUUACGUUAGCCAGCAGUACCAUAGCUAAUGUUAGCCGCACGAUUGGCUAACUGGGUAACUAAUGUUGGCUUAUUACUGUAAUUAACCAGCGACUAAGUCAACUGAAGACAGCAUCCGAGCCAGCUAAACAUGGCUUCAGAGGAGGCAUCGCUGCGCGCACUAGAGGGCCUGAUGACGGAGUUCUUUCAUAGCUGCACAACUAAUGAGCGAAAAAGAGAAAUUGAAGAGCUGCUGAAUAACUUUGCACAGCAGACUGGAGCGUGGCGCCAUUGCAUGUUCUUCCUCUCCAAUACUCGGAAUGAGUAUGUAAUGAUGUACAGUCUCACAGUAUUUGAAAACCUGGUAAACAAGAUGUGGAUUGGAGUUGCUUCCCAGGACAAGAUGGAAAUUCGCAGCUGUCUUCCCAAACUCCUCCUUGCUCAGCACAAAUCUGUGCCCUAUUUUAUCCGUAAUAAGCUUUGUAAAGUCAUUGUAGACAUUGGUCGCCAGGAUUGGCCGAUGUUCUACCAUGAUUUCUUUACAAACACCCUUCAGUUGAUCCAGUCCCCGGCUCUGGCUCCACUGGGGUUGGUUAUGUUAAAAACCACAUCAGAAGAGCUUGCAUGUCCUAGGGAAGACCUGAGUGUUGCCAGGAAAGAGGAGCUCCGUAAACUGCUGCUGGAGCAGGUGCCAACAGUGCUUGGACUGUUGACCGGAAUUCUGGAGACAUACUGGGACAAGCACAGUGUCAUAGCUUCUACACCGCCUCCCUCACCCACCUCAGGGGAAAGCAUGGAAUUGCUGGGCAGCUUGUUUCAAGGUAGCCAGUACUCAAAACUGCUUUGUCAGCCCAUGGCAGCAUUGGACAAUGAGAGUCAUCAGCUCUGUUGCCUUGUUUUGGAGUGCUUGGCCCACCUGUUCAGCUGGAUCCCUUUGUCUACAAGUAUUACGCCCACCUUGUUGGCAUCCAUUUUCCAUUUUGCACGAUUUGGCUGUGAUCUUCGGCCAAAGGCCAAGACAGACUCCUUCAUUUCUUCCAACUCCUCCUCCUCAAAUGGACAGCUUAAUCCUGGGACAAUGCCACCAACAUCAAAUGGAGGAGAGCUAAACGGACAGCAAAACGAGGCUAACAAGGUGGACCGGGCCCGGCUUGGUUUACUUGCCAUGACCUGUGUCAAUGAACUGGUGUCAAAGAACUGCGUGCCAAUGGAUUUUGAGGAGUACUUGCUGCGAAUGUUCCAGCAGACCUUCUUUCUUCUUCAAAGGCUGACACGAGAAAAUAAUGCUCAUACAAUCAAGAGCCGCUUACAGGAACUUGAUGAGAGUUACCUGGAAAAGUUUACAGACUUCCUGCGUCUGUUUGUCAGUGUUCACUUGAGGCGAAUUGAGUCAAGUCCUCAGUUUCCUAUUGUAGAGUUUCUUGCCCUGCUUUUUAAGUACACUUUCAACCAGCCCACCCAUGAAGGCUAUUUUGCCUGUUUGGACAUUUGGAGUGUGUUUUUGGAUUUUCUAACAACGAAAAUCAAAAGCAGGCUACCAGACAGAGAAAGUGUCCUGAAUAGGUACAAAGAUGCCUUAGGUCUUCUGUUAAGGGAAGUUCUGAAUCGCAUACAGUUCAGAUGCAAUCAAGCCCAGUUAGAAGAGCUGGACGACGAGACUCUGGAUGAUGAUCAACAGACUGAGUGGCAAAGGUACCUGCGUCAGAGUCUGGAGGUGGUUGCCAAGGUGAUGGAGCUGCUCCCAUCCCAUGCAUUCUCUACUUUGUUUCCAGUUCUUCAAGAAAAUUUGGACGUAUACCUUGGCUUACAGCAGUUUAUUGUGACUACUGGCACAAGUCGACGGCUAAAUAUCACUGCUGAGAACGACUGUCGUCGACUUCACUGUUCUCUCAGGGACCUCAGCUCCCUACUUCAGGCUGUUGGACGCUUGGCUGAGUAUUUCAUUGGGGACGUUUUUGCUGCACGUUUCAGUGACGCCCUGGCUGUGGUAGAGAGAUUGGUUGAAGUGACUUGUUAUGGCUCCCAGACCAGCCUCUAUGACCUGGAGACUGCUGUGCCUUCUGUGCUCAAACCAGACCUCAUUGAUGUACAUGCACAGGCUCUUGCUGCUUUGCAAGCUUAUUCUCACUGGCUCGCACAGUUUUACAGUGAAGUCCACAGUCAAAACCAGAGCCAGUUCAUCAACCUCAUUAAGUCUGCCGUCGACGCCAGUAGCCCGCUCAUCACAGCCAAGGUACCAGAAAAGUUGAUGCUGUCAGCGUGCCAUCUGAUGGUCUCCAUAACCUCUACAGUGAGGCCUGUGUUCUUGGUCACUUUGCCAGCUGUUCAAAACAUCUUCAACCUGAUUACUACACAAAAUCAGACACGCAGACUUCCCCAGGAGGCUCACAUGUUGGUGUGUAGGGCUUUAUCCAAUAUGCUGCUGCUCCCUUGGCCAAAUUUACCAGAGAGUGAACAACAGUGGCAAACACGCUCAAGCAACCACGGCAGCCUGCUGGCUGCACUCACUCGAGAAUAUCGUAUCUUAAGAGGCACAGUGAACAUUACUUCACGGCAGCCUGGCCUGAAUGACAUCAAAGCAGUCAUACAGCAGACUCUGCCUGUGCUCAGAGACAUAGUGGACAGUGUCUCCAGUGAAUCCACCAAGUCACGUCAGAUCUGUUAUCAGAGUCUUCAGGAGUCUGUCCAAGUGUCCCUCACCCAUUUUCCAGUGUUUAUUCAGCAGCCAGAUGUGACAGAUGAGAUGUUGGCCUUCUUCUUGACGUUGUUCCAGGCGUUACGAGUCCAGAUGGGUGUUGCUUUCACAGGACAGAUCAUCCACACGUUUCUUAGCAUGUUCACCAGGGAGCAGCUGGCAGCCAGUAUUUUGCAUGAGGGCAGUGCAGGGUGUAGGGUGGUGCAGAAGUUCCUGAAAAUCCUACAGGUGGUGGUGCAAGAGCCCGGUCAAGCUUUUAAGCCCUUCCUACCCAGCAUCCUUUCUUUGUGCAUGGAGCAGGUCUACCCAGUUGUGGCAGAGCGAUCCUCUCCAGACAUCAAGGCCGAGAUGUUUGAGUUACUAUACCAAAUACUUCACCAAAACUGGAGGUACUUCUUUAAAACUUCAGUCUUAACAAGUGUCCAAAGAGGAGAUUCAGAAGACACAAUGGAAAAUGAGGCCCAGUUCACAGCUGCCAUGCAGGCUUUUGGACAGUCUUUCCUGCAGCCUGAUAUCCACAUUUUCAAGCAGAAUCUGUGCUAUCUGGAGUCUCUCAACAGCAAGCACAAGUUAUACCACAGAAAGCUUUUCCGGACCUCAAUGCUCUUCCACUUCAUCAAUGUGCUGCUGCAAGUCCUUCUCCACAAAAGUCACGACCUUCUUCAGGAGGAAAUCACCCUCGCCAUUUACAACAUGGCCUCUGUUGACUUCGAUGCCUUUUAUUCGGCUUUCAUGCCAGAAUUCCUCAAUGGCUGCCACGGUGUGGACAGCAGCCAACGAGCUGUUCUCGCACGUAAUUUCAAGCUGGAACAGGACCUGCCUUCGUUCACUCAAAGCGUUCAGCGGCUGGUGAACGAUCUUCGCUACUACAGACUGUGCAACAGCAGCCUGCCCACUGGCACCAUCAAGCUAUAGCACGAUGACUGUUUGAACCACUCCACAUACCGACAGGACUGCCUGUGCUGACCACUUUCCCCAACACUCCUCCAAUUCAGCUUUGCUCCACCUUUUCAAAGUAACAGGAUGGAGCAACACACAUUGUUUGGUUAGGUAAUUGGAGGUUGAGGAUGCUGCUGAUGUUUUUAUUUGAUUUCUACUGUAGAAGGUUGGCACAUUAUUAUUUUCAAGGCAGUGCCCUCCUUGUGAAUUGCCAAUGAGUUUGGUGAGAAAUGUAAACCUGGUCUGCAUUUGGCUUUUGCCCAGACCUGGAGCAGUCUGAGCCAGGCCUUCUUUCCCACGCCUCUGCAACAAAGCUGGGCUGGGACAGAGCACUUUCAACUCAUUUUGAGUUUUGUUUUAGUUUUCUUUAAUGUCUGCUUUUAUUCAUUUUGCCUUUUUAAUCUCCAAAGGAGAGAGACUCUCAACUUAAGAUCUUUCAUAUCAUUCCAUUCUGAAAAGAGAAAACCUGCUUGAAUAAUAAAGUGCUUUUUUAAUAAAA